GUCCGCUUGUAAUAAAGUUUUUCCGUGUGUGGAGCUGAAGAUGGCGGCCAGCUCGGAGCGCAGUCCUCCUCCUUUCCCGGACUCAGAGGAGCCCGAGCUGCUGGAGGACAGUGACGACGGCGCGGAUGCGUUUACGGGCACGUCAAUCUCCGAGAUGGAUUCACUGUCGCCUGACACGACCGCACCUCCUAAAGACAUCUUCAACGAUCCACCAGAAGAUAUCUUCAGCGAUCCUCUUAGCGACAUCAACUCUGAACCCCAGAAGAACCUAAAGAUCCAAUCUCCUGGCAGCGAUGAGGCCGUCGACCUGUUCAGCGACCCGCUGGACGAUGAAGCCGAUGUAAUUAGUUCGCCUGAAGUCCAAAAUCCCGUGCCAGAUCUCUUGAAAGCGCCUGUAGAAACGCCAAAGUCUGAUGUCAUCGGUAAAGCACCUGUUGACAUCAGCAGCACGCCUGAGCACAAAAACGCCAUUGGAGCCCGACAUCAGGAUAUUUUCGAAGACCCUCCGAAGGGCGGCAGCAAAGCCUCUGCCGCCAAGAAAGCAAUGAGCGCUGAGCUGUUCGGUGAUGAGGAUGACGAUGAUGAUGAUGAUGAGGAGGAGGAGGAAGAUCUGUUUAAAGAGCCAUUAAAAGCCAUGACGAAGCCCCCUCAGCCUUCAGUGGCGAGUGGGCCACCUAUCAAUGUCUUUACAGAGGUGAAGGUCAAGCCACAUGUUAAAAACGACCCCACGGAUCUGUUCGCAGAGGAAGCCGUGACGGCACCUGCCACCAAACCUUCCUCAAGCGGCAGCUCCAGGACCAAUGGGGUUCACUCUGAGGAGCAGGAUAUCUUCUCAGAAGCUACAGUGGAGUUGUCUCUGGACAGUCCUCUUAAUGACCGCAAGAAGAAAGAUACCGUGAAAGCGCCAGUAUCGGCUCCUGCCGCCCCGGUAGCCAGCAGCUCCAGCAAACCUCCGUCCAAAGCCCUGGAGGAGCUGGAGGAAGAGGAAAGUGAGGACAAGUUUGAUCUAAACAUUUCCGUCACAAAUCCAGAGAAAGUUGGUGAUGGUAUGAAUGCUUAUAUGGCCUACAAAGUUUCAACACAGACGUCAUUAACCAUGUUCCGUAGCAAGACGCUAACUGUACGCAGACGUUUCAGUGAUUUCCUGGGAUUGUACGAAAAGCUCUCGGAGAAACACGCACAGAAUGGAUACAUCAUACCUCCACCACCAGAGAAGAGCAUUCUGGGUAUGACAAAAGUCAAAGUCGGGAAGGAGGAUCCGUCGUCAGCAGAGUUCGUGGAGCGGAGGAGAGCUGCUCUAGAGAGGUAUCUUCAGAGGAUUGUUAGUCACCCGUCUCUCCUGCAGGACCCUGAUGUCAGAGAGUUUUUAGAGAAAGAAGAGUUACCCAGAGCAGUCGGCACACAGGCUCUGAGUGGAGCCGGCUUCCUCAAAAUGCUCAACAAAGCCACAGACGCUGUGAGUAAGAUGACCAUAAAGAUGAACGAACAGGACGUGUGGUUUGAUGAGAAGAUCCAGGAUGUAGAAAAUGAAGAACAGCAGUUGCGGAAACUUCACGUCAUGGUGGAAUCGCUUGUCAAUCACAGGAAAGAGUUGUCUGGGAACACGGCCGUGUUUGCGAAGAGCGUGGCGAUGUUGGGCAGCUCGGAGGAUAACACGGCUCUGUCGCGAGCUCUGUCUCAGCUGGCCGAGGUGGAGGAUCGAAUCGAGCAGCUCCAUCAGGACCAGGCGGCCAACGACUUCUUCACCUUCUCGGAGCUGCUGGCCGAUUAUAUACGACUGCUGGGAGCCGUCAGGGGGUGUUUUGAUCAGAGAAUGAAAGCGUGGCAGCGCUGGCAGGACGCUGAGAACAUGCUGCAGAAAAAAAGAGAGGCCGAGGCCAAACUCCUGUGGGCCAACAAACCUGACAAACUCCAGCAGGCCAAGGACGAGAUCUCUGAGUGGGAGGCAAAGGUCACGCAGUUCGAGAGAGAAUUCGAGAGAAUCUCAGCCACCGUACAGAAAGACGUCAUUCGUUUUGAUAAAGAAAAAGCUCGAGAUUUUAAGAGACAAAUCGUCAAAUAUCUGGAGUCACUUCUCCACUCAGAACAACAGCUGAUAAAAUACUGGGAGGCGUUUUUGCCGGAGGCGAAAGCGAUCGCAUGAGGAGGCGUCCGCGCGCAAACACACACACUCACCCGUGACUGAGGCCUUUCUACACUCUUUACCUCUUGCCUAUAAACCAAGAGAAACCGUGCUGCAAAGGGAAUCAUCUAUCCGGCCGCUCGUUACUCUCAUCGAAUUAGUAACUUGUAUAUUUUCUGUGUAAUCUUCACCUUUAUUUUCUUACGUUGAUUAUUGUUUUGGGGGAUGUAAACGCAUGUGGUGGUGGCUGGGUGUCUUCCUCGUCUGUAUGCAACCAAACUUCAUGUUCAUUCUCCACUCAGACGCGUUACUCAUCAUCAGCAGUGAUGUCAGUGGUUUACACUAGAGGGCGCUCUCCUCUCAUUCACAGUGAGAAACUUCCCAUCAGGCCACGCGACACCUGUCAAAAGAUGUUUGUACUUCUGGGAUUUCAGAGACAAAUGGCGACCUAGAUCAUUUCAGAAGUCCAGGAUAUUGGUAUAUACACUUUAAAACACCAUAAUGACAUUGUGUUUAGCAAGUAAAAGAGAUUGUAAUGGGAUUGUGAACUGGCCCGGUGGAAAUGAUAGGAACUGUACAGUACAUGUCAACACUUACACUCAAUCAGUGAUUUUUCUUUUGCUGGCUCCUAGUUUUCACUCAAACGAUCAUUGUAAAUCUUCAAUAGAUUUAGGAUCUUGUUUCUAUUUGUUCAAUUGACGUAAAGCAUUAAUAAAGACGCUCCUAAAGCGUUGUAUAUCAAUACCGGAGCUCUUUCAGCUGGUCAAACCAGAAUCCCAAAGCACUUCAGUCUUAAAACUGGUUUUCUUCUUCAUUUAGGGCCUGUUUUUCUCAUUUCUCAUUCUUUUUUUUCUCUUUAUUUACUUCAUCUUACAUUUUCAUGUGUAGACAUUUAUGCCAACAUGUUAUCGUUUCGUGUCAAACCAUAUUUGACUUUGACAUGUUAAAAUAAUUAAUCGACUUUUGCUACGCUACUACUAAUGAUUAAAUUGUUUCUACAUGAGAUUUUUUUUAUACAGAUUUUGCUGCUGUCAGAGUUUGUAAGGCUGUUAUUCAUCGUCAUUUAUAACAUUAGACUUUUUUUGUUGUUUGUUUAUUAGUUUGCUUCAUAAAUGAUAUUUUGGGCCCUUCUGUAAUAACACUUUGAAGAGACGCAGUUGGACUUCACCAUUGGGUGCCAUACAAAUCAACUGUUUGUUUAUAAGAAAAAAAGGGGCAGGUAUUUUUUUCACUGUGGACACUUCUAUUGAGGAAAACAAUAAAGAUUUAAUUACAAAUAUAAA